GUUUAACGUUCUGUAGAUUCAGCUCCAAUCAAUGAGAAGGUCACAUCGUCUCUUGUUUUAUUCGCUCCUAGUAUACUAGAAAUUCUAUUAGUGAAGAAAUGAACUAAAGCUAUGCUUGUGAUUAAUAUUAUGAUUCACGAAAUUUACAAUGGAAUAUAUAUUCCUAUCUUACCCACCGAACCUUACUCGUUCUCUUCAAAUUUAUAAAAUAUGCUCACUUGUUUGUAUAAUUUUCAUCACUGUCAGACUUUGUUGUUGCGCUACAAACAAUCAAACUAUACCAAAACAAAGUGUUCCAAUCACACCUGAGCUAUCUGACUUAUCUCAUAACAAAAGAAAAGCACUGUAUACUCCAUAUUGGGCUGUAGAAAUCAAAGGAGGUGAAAAGGCUGCGCGUGCUAUAGCCGAAAAAUACGGAUUUCUAUAUCUUGGAGAGAUUUUACCUGGAAUUUAUCAUUUCAAGCAUAAUCGUAUUUCCAAAAGAUCUUUGAGACAAAACAAUUAUUAUCAUGAUCAAUUAGCUAAUGAUGAACAGGUAGUAUGGUUAGAACAACAAGUUGCAAAGGUUCGAGUUAAACGAGAUGUGCACAUUCCAGUUAAAGAUCCGAAAUGGCCUCAGAUGUGGUAUUUAAAUCGUGGAGGUCCUGGUGGUCUUGAUAUGAAUGUUCAAUCAGUUUGGGCACGUGGUUAUGCAGGUCAAAGUGUCGUGGUUACUAUUCUAGACGAUGGUUUAGAAACAGAUCAUCCAGAUUUGAAAGAUAAUUACGAUCCAUUUGCAUCAUAUGAUGUGAACAGUAAUGAUGAUAAUCCAGAACCUCGUUAUUUAACAAGAGAUAAAAGUAAUACCAACCGUCAUGGUACUCGUUGCGCUGGCGAAGUGGCUGCUGCCGCAAAUAAUAGUGUAUGUGGAUUAGGUAUAGCUUAUAAAGCUCGUAUAGGUGGCGUACGUAUGUUAGAUGGUGAUGUGACUGACGCAAUGGAGUCACGUUCACUAAGUCAUCAGCUACAACAUAUUGAUGUAUAUUCUGCAUCAUGGGGUCCGGAAGAUGACGGUAAAACAGUUGAUGGUCCAGGCAAACUUGCUCAAAUGGCAUUUCGUAAUGGAAUACAAAUGGGUCGACGUGGUUUGGGAUCAAUUUUUGUAUGGGCCAGUGGGAAUGGUGGUACAAGUCAUGAUAACUGCAAUUGUGAUGGGUAUACAAAUAGCAUUUAUACACUAGGUGUUGGAUCAGUUUCAGAGCAUGGAUCUGUUCCAUGGUAUGCAGAAUUAUGCUCUUCAACGUUAGCUGUUACCUAUAGCAGUGGAGGACGUGGUGAACGUGGUGUUAUUACAACAGAUUUAAAUCACACUUGUACUGAUAAUCAUUCUGGUACAUCGGCUAGUGCACCAUUAGCUGCUGGUAUAUGCGCUCUCACCUUGUCAGCCAAUCCUAAUUUAACUUGGAGAGAUUUACAAUAUUUAGUUGUUUAUACAGCACGUCCAGAUGGUUUAUAUGCAGAUGAUUGGCAUGUGAAUGGUGUUGGUCGACGUGUAUCACAUGCAUUCGGUUAUGGUUUAAUGGAUGCCGCCGCUAUGGUUGAUUUAGCUUUGAAUUGGACUAAUGUGCCACCACAACGUGUAUGCGAAGCUCAAGCUCCAAUGACCGGUGAUCCAAUUACUAUUAGACAAAUGUCUAAAGAAAAUUUAGCUUUAACUACUGAUGGUUGUGAAUCAGCCGCAGCUCUUGCAGGUGAUCUAUCACAUCGUGUUGUACAUUUGGAACAUGUACAAGCUAAAGUAACUCUAAGUAGUGUACAACGAGGUGAAAUUGAAUUGUGGUUAACGUCUCCAGCUGGAACUAUUUCACAACUUUUAAGCAAAAGGCCAAAAGAUAUUGAUGUCGCUGGAUUUCAUGCAUGGCCAUUUAUGUCUGUACACUAUUGGGGUGAAUUAGCCAAUGGUACUUGGAAAUUAACAGUUAAAUCGGGAAAUGCUGUCGUUUUGAUUCAUGAUUGGAGCUUAAUUUUAUAUGGAACAAAUACUCCACCACCAUCUGUACCAAGUUCUUCGCAUAGACGAGGUGUCAGACAACUUCCCAGGAAUCAAGAGUCGAAUCCUUCUGCAAAAUCUCAAAAAACAUGGAUUGAUCCACAGAAAGACAAAUUUCAUUCAUCUAAAACUUCACAACAGCCUCAACAAAAAUCCAUUGAAACAUCAAAGCACUAUUCCUUAGAUUCUGUUUUAAAUCCUAUUAAUCAAGAAAAUGGUGAUCAUAGUUCUAUUGGUUCAUCGGAAAAUCAAAACUCUUAUCCUUAUCCACCAUUUUACUAUUUAAACAAUCAAAACUCUUAUCGAUAUUGGCCUACUUGGAAUAGUGAAUACCAGAGUUUGUCACCUGUUCAAGCCCCACCUCCACCUCCACCGCCACCUAUACCAACGAUCUCUGUUCUGUCAUUACCACCGCCUUCAGCACCACUAUCUUCCUCCUCUUCAUCAUCCUCCUCUUCUGCCGCUUCACAUUCUUUAUCCUCUUCAUCAUCAUCAUCAUCAUCAUCAUCAUCAUCAUCAUCAUCAUCAUCAUCAUCAUCUCAUGAAUUCUACCCUAAUUAUUUUCCACAAUCUUCUAUUCCAUUCUCUUCUACCGGUCAUUCUUCAUCAAAUCAUGGUUUAGACGAAUCAAAUCCUUCAAUUGAAUUUGAUCUACCAUCAUUAGUUGUACAGUCGAAUGAUUUCACACAUAUUGAAACAUCUAAUACACUCGAUCGAAAUGGUUAUUCCGAACACGAACUUAGUUUAUCUCAAAAUCAUGGACAAUUAUUAGUUAAUCAUGAUGAGUCAAUACAACGUAGCAAUCAUAAAAUUGAGAAUAAUGACAAUUAUAUUAAUAUUAAUAAUAAAAACACAUUGAAUAAUUCUGUUUAUUCUAUUAAUGUAAAUUUCCUUUAUUUAUUAUCCUCUCUCGUUUUAUUUAUUUUAUUUGUCUACUAAAUAGAAAUUACUGUUAUAUAUAUAUAUAUAUAUAUAUAUAUAUAUAUAUAUAUAUGCAGCAUUUCUCUUUAAAAACGGAAAUAAUGAUUCAAUUUUCAUCUGUUUUGCCAAGUCGUUUCAUUGUUGUCGCUGUUGUUGUUGUUGCCAUCGUCGUUUUUCUCCUUAUUCAUCUAUCUUCAGUUUAUAGAUUGUUCUGUAUUUGAAAGUGCCAAUUGUGAACAUUCAAUUUUAAACUAUUAAUAUUAAAUAUUGUUUUAGGGAUUUUAUUUUAUUUUUAUUUUUGAAAUAUGAAGCUAUUAAAAAUUGAAUUCAUUCUGUCAGUAAAAUCAUUUUUUUUCUUUCUUUAAUUAAUCUUAAUUAGGAACUGUUUAAUGAAAAAUUUAUCUUCUUCUUAAAACAUACUUGUUAGAUUUUGCUUCAAAUUUGUAAUGAUGAUUAUGAAGAUGAUGAACAAAUGUGUUUAUAUGUGUUCUAGCAUGUAAUGAGUAGUACAAUUUGAUUUUCUACUAGCGAAUACAUUUUAACUUUGAAAAGUGUGAAAUGAUUUUGUUUCUUUGUUUGCAUUCCCUUUAGUGUUAUAUAU